AUGACACGCACGUACGUCAACCACCUCCCGCGCCACGUGGAAAGCUCCCCGAUUCCUCCGCGCAGCUUAUCGAUCCCAUUCCCAGAUCGUCUCCACUCCGCUCACCGGAGUCAAGCAAGCGCCGCCAUGCAUCGGCCCCGCCGUCUUCCGCUGCUGCUCAUCCUCCUCGGCCUCCUCCCGGCCGUCGCGCGGGCGCUGCUCCCGCCGCCCCGCUUCCCGGGCCCCCACGCGCGGCCGCGGCCGCGGGCCGGGACGGGAGACGGGGUCGGCGGGGGCUACGAGUUCGAGACCCGCUACUUCCGGCAGCGGCUGGACCACUUCAGCUUCUCGGGCGAGGAGGAGUUCUUCCAGCAGCGGUACCUCGUGGGCCGCGCCGGCGCCGGCGGGUGGGCGGGCCCCGGCGGGCCCAUCUUCUUCUACUGCGGCAACGAGGGCGACAUCGCCUGGUUCGCCGCCAACUCCGGCCUCGUCUGGGACGCCGCCCCGCGCUUCGCCGCCCUCGUCGUCUUCGCCGAGCAUCGCUACUACGGCGAGUCCAUGCCGUUCGGCAGCAAAGACAAGGCCUACAACAAUUCCAGGUCCAUGGCGUACCUGACGGCCGAGCAAGCGCUCGCUGACUACGCCGUGCUGCUCACCGACCUCAAGAGGAACCUGUCCUCGGAAAGCAGCCCCGUGGUGCUCUUCGGGGGCUCAUACGGUGGAAUGCUUGCUGCUUGGAUGAGACUCAAGUACCCGCAUAUUGCUGUCGGGGCUCUCGCGUCGUCGGCUCCGAUCCUACAGUUUGAGGACAUUGUACCUGACACCAUAUUCUACGAUCUUGUUUCAAAUGGUUUUAAGAGGGAGAGUUUAAGCUGCUUCCAAACAAUAAAGGACUCAUGGAAAGAAUUAGAUGAGCAGGGAAAUGGGCAAGAUGGUCUUCUGAAACUAAGCAAAACAUUCCACCUUUGCCAGACCCUGAAUACCACGGGGGCCCUUUCGGAUUGGUUGAGCUCAGCAUACAGUUAUCUGGCCAUGGUGGAUUACCCAAUGCCGUCAGAGUUUCUCAUGCCUUUGCCUGCCAACCCAAUUAAGGAAGUAUGUAGAAAUAUUGACAAGCAACCAGAGGGGAGCAGUAUACUGGAACGAAUUUAUGCAGGAGUAAAUAUAUACUACAAUUAUACUGGUACGGUUGACUGCUUUGAUCUAGAUGAUGAUCCUCAUGGAAUGGGUGGAUGGGAUUGGCAGGCUUGUACUGAGAUGGUGAUGCCAAUGUCUUCUAGUGAAGGUCUUAGCAUGUUUCUACCAGAUGAAUUCGACUAUGCAUUGUAUGCCGAUGACUGUGUCAAAAACUUUGGUGUUAGGCCAAGGCCUCGAUGGAUCUCUACAGAGUUUGGUGGUCAUAAUAUUAGUUCUGUUCUGGAGAAAUUUGGUAGUAAUAUCAUAUUCUUCAAUGGACUUCUCGAUCCUUGGAGUGGUGGAGGCGUCCUGAAGAAUAUAUCUGAGAGUGUUGUUGCCAUUGUGGCUCCACUAGGAGCGCAUCACAUAGACCUGCGCCCCGCGACCAAGGAGGACCCGGAUUGGCUCGUAAGCCUGAGAGAAUCGGAACUCGAGAUCAUAUCUGGCUGGCUAUCGGAUCACUACGGAGCAAGAGGGGGCGCGCUCUUUCAGCGCGCAACCAACAAGGACUCGGCUGCGUCAUAA